UUGAACCGAGUUAAUUUCUUCAGUGCCAUGCCAACGUGGGGUAAUAGGCUGGAUACUAGAACAAAGACGACUGAAGGCCUUCAGCGAACCCGGCGACUUCCUAGGAUGUCCUUUACUUGUAAAGCGUCUCGCACGCAAUGUUUCACUUACGGACGCUCAAAUUAAACAGGUGCACCUAUAUAAAAAGUGACCGCCGUCAGGGGAAUUUUUAUCAACCAUAAGACGGUUACCUCGGCGAGGCCGUAAAUGGCUUAUGGAGCUUUUUGAUGUUGUUGUUGUUGGCUCAGGUUUUUUAAAACCAGGAAAAUGUAUGUAAUCUUCGCCAGAGGCCGGGUUACCGCGAUGUCUGCAGUUUGUUAAAGCUGCUCUCUUUUCACAACACAUCUUUCAUGCUGAUGGGUGAAUUCUGAUCUUGACAUGCUGGUAGACCCGGCCAUGACACGGGGCCAUUUUUCCUGGGCUUAGAGCGUCAGCUGCAACAUUUCCAAUUCAUCAUCAUACAGGAACGCGUCUUGGCACGCGUCUUAUGCAGUAUCAAUCUUGACCGUGUCAGGGAUACCUAAUUUUCUCCCGAGGAGGCCACAUCUCGAAACCUUGCAUUCUGCGCCACCUGUUAGAAGCGCGUUUGGUCCACGCAUGUCCGGCGUGUCCUCGGGUUUAUCAGAGACGGAUUACUCAUGCCUCCACUUUAUGGGCACAGUCACAGGUACACGUGGGAUAGGCACUGAAGUCAUGGAGCACUCCUAGAAAGUCACAGUAUAAUUCACAAUAGCCAGCGCUAUGUAUAUCUCCGUCCUAUCAGAUCUAUCUGAUAGCGUAUCGGGCGUAGCUUGACGUGGAGGCGUCACUCAUUUCAGAACAGACCACGACUGUUGCACACGCCAGAAGAAUACAGCUAGUCAAGAAUUUGAAAGUCUUAUUGUGAGAGCAAGUACAAUCGCUGCAUAUAUAUACAUACAUACACACAGUGCUUUCAUUUUUUUUUCACAACAAGGCACAGUAAGGUGGAUUUACAUCGACCCAGAUCACACUCAGUACCUAGUAUAUGACAUCAAGUUAUAUCCGUAAAAGCGGGUUAUUAAAUACAGGUAGGACGCGUGCGAGAACGUGGACCAGGCCCCUUGUAGACAAGGACAUAAUUUUUUGGGCUUGGUUUUCUUUGUGGCCUAAGCCUUACUUGUGAAUAACAGAGAAUCCCAGAGUGGGAUAUCUCAGAUCUUAUUCGGGGCUGGUGCGGGUAGCGUUUUCACCCCAAUGUUCACCAUGUUUAAAAGACCUGGAGCUUCGGGAAGAGUUCGUUUUUAUUUGUUGAUCUCAGGAAUAGCAAUCAUCGCCAUACAAAUGUUGGUGAUGUCCACCAUGGAAGGGACAAGACAAUACAUAAACAUAGUCAACCCAGGCUGGACUGGGUUCCACAUCUCUUUCAACAGCUCGCAGAAAUCUAUCUCUAAAAUACCUGACGCUCAAAGCAAUCAGAGCGAUCACACCACACUGGAGGCAGAAGAAGAGAGUCUGUUAUGCCCAUUACUCCCCAAAGAGCUAGAGGGAAGACUGUCUAUAGAAGUCAACUCAUCUUCAUUACUUGAAGAAAUUGAAAAAAGAAAUCCAGACGUUCUGCCAGGCGGUCACUGGAAACCACGUGACUGUGUCUCGAGAUCUCGCGUGCUUAUCAUUUUGCCAUACAGAAAUCGAUGGGAACACUUGCUACGAUGGCUAGAACAUUAUCAUCCUAUUCUUCAACGCCAGAAACUCGACUAUAGGAUCGUGGUAGUCGAACAAACAGAUGGUGCUGAAUUCAACAAGGGUCGUAUCAUGAAUGCCGGGUACGCAGAGGCCGUAAAGAUGUUCUCAUUCGACUGUGUAAUAUUCCAUGACAUAGAUAUGCUGCUCGAAGAUGACCGGAAUAUCUACAGCUGCCCAAUACAACCGAGACAUUUGUCGCCGGGAGUAGACACAUUUAAAUACAAGCUCCCAUAUUGGGCGUUGGUAGGUGGCGCCCUAGCGUUCCCCAAGGAGCACUUUGAACUGGUCAAUGGCUACACUAACGCCCUCUGGGGAUGGGGAGGAGAAGACGAUGAAAUGUUUCAGAGAUUGGACAUUUCGGGCGUGACACUGGAGCGGCCUGGCCCGGGCGUGGGGCGGUACAAAAUGAUGAAACACACCAAGCGGAAAUAUACCAUGCCUUACAAAAACAUAGCGUGUGCAAUUAAAACGGUUAAGCGGCGUAUUAAGACGGAUGGCCUGUCAACUGUGAAGUAUGACGUAAUAAAAAAGGGUGACUUCCGGCUCUUCACUAUCAUCCUUGUGGACGUGGGGAAGUACAGCAAAGAGGAGGAUCCCAUAUUUUGUCCAACUCCGGCGCCAAAGCCAACAAACGCCACCGUGCCGACACAACAGAGUAAAACAGUGACAAUGACCACCAGUUCAAGUAAAAACACCACAACUGUUGCCACAAAAGACUCUCCAAGGAGGUAACGUCCGUCACGUGCUUCACCACGGCGGUGGAGACUGCACGGGGACACCCAGUGAAAAAAAGUCAUCAGGUUUUUGCGUGCAAUUUUGUACAAAAUUUGAAAAUUGCAGAGGCUCUCCCCCGAUUAGAAUCAAGCUUUAGGGUACUGAGAAGAUUAAAAGGAGCGAAUCGGUCAAAAAUAGACAUUUAUUAAUGAGAAGAAAUGGAAUGAAAUCUAUUGGGAUUAAUGGUAUUGGCUUAGCCCUGUAAAAUGUUACACAAGAAAAGCGAAAAAGUCGACGACUCAGGGAGCCAGAACGCUCAGUUAAGCGUAUUUAAAUUGCUGAGACCUAUGUUCUACAAGAGGAAAAUCCAGAGAUGGUAUUUUGGACAGACCGAGGCGAACUUCCAAGUGCUUCAAACAAUUUACAAGGGGCACCAACUGACGGUCCAAUCGCACGGAGAGCAAUCUUCUUUGGUUUAGCCAAUUGGAGGCAAGUUAAAUCCUAUAUAACAUUAUACAUAAGUUCUGAGACUACACAAAGAAUAUGGACAGUGCAAUAAGUUCACGCGUGAAAUAAUGCUAUGAACUUAGAAUAUUCGUGAAUAAUAUUCUAAGCUGGAUCUCGCUCUUGUUGCGUAAUCUUACAUGUACAAGGGUAUUUAAAACAAGUAUCGAUCAAGGUGCUCCGGAAAACAGGGUAGCACAGGUGCUCUUUUUUAUAACUGUGAAUGCAGCAUUGUUCUUUUAAGCGUAAACAGUGUGUGUGUUUGUGUGUGUGUGCGUGCGCGGCGACGUACGCGCUCGUGAUCUAGUGAGAGAGAGUAUUUAACGAAUCCAUUUUGUUGCUCAUGUAUGUGCAUUUUUUCAACUUAUUUAAUCACUCUUAUCGUGUCCUGUCCAUUUUUGCACUUUUAAUCUAUUUUUAAAUUGAUACUGUAAUUCAACAAACAUUUACUAUUAUUACUGAACAGACGACUCAGAAUAUAUAUAUAUAUAUAUAUAUAUA